GAUCAGAAAAGCAGCCACCGAAUCCCCACCGCCUCAAAACAAAGGCUCCCGCAGAACCGCCCAUUGUUCCAGGAAUUCCGCUUAUUAUAAAUUACCUGAUCAACCUUAGUUUUUUCCAUGCUUCCUCACAACAAAAGAAAACCAAAUAUUCUCUCACUAGAUUCUCUCUCCGAAACAAGCUUGUUUUUAUUGAAUUUGAAGGAUUGUAUUCUUGGAUCGUAAAUGGAUACCAAGAUCAGUGUUACUGACGCCUCUGUGCCCACGAACAGCAACGUGGGUUGCCCUUCAAACGGCAUCGUUUCUUCUAUUCUGAGCUCCGUGCCUCCCUCCGUCAUUGCUUCGUCGGAGGCCACUCUCGGCCGUCACUUGGCUCGCCGUUUGGUGCAGAUCGGCGUCAGUGAUGUCUUCUCCGUUCCCGGGGAUUUUAAUCUUACACUUCUCGACCAUUUGAUCGCUGAGCCUGGGCUUAAAAAUAUUGGCUGCUGCAAUGAGCUCAACGCAGGAUACGCCGCCGACGGCUACGCGCGGUCCCGUGGCGUCGGUGCUUGCGUCGUCACCUUCACGGUCGGCGGGCUCAGUGUCCUCAACGCCAUCGCCGGCGCUUACAGCGAGAACCUCCCUGUCAUCUGUAUCGUGGGCGGUCCCAACUCCAACGACUACGGCACCAACCGAAUCCUCCACCACACCAUCGGUUUGCCCGAUUUCAGUCAAGAGUUCCGUUGCUUUCAGACUGUGACUUGUUAUCAGGCUGUGGUGAACAACUUGGAAGACGCACAUGAGCAGAUCGAUACAGCCAUUUCAACAGCUUUGAAGGAAAGCAAACCUGUUUACAUCAGUAUUAGCUGUAAUUUGCCCGCGAUUCCUCAUCCCACUUUCAGUCGGGAGCCCGUUCCAUUCUGCUUGGCGCCCAAAGUGACUAAUCAAAUGGGUCUAGAAGCUGCGGUGGAGGCCGCUGCGGCCUUCUUGAACAAGGCGGUGAAGCCUGUGAUGGUGGGUGGGCCCAAAUUGCGAGUUGCCAAAGCUUGCGAGGCAUUUGUUGAACUGGCAGAUGCUUGUGGCUAUCCCGUGGCGGUGAUGCCAUCAGCAAAAGGACUGGUGCCGGAGUGCCAUCCCAGGUUCAUUGGGACUUACUGGGGUGCGGUGAGCACGGCCUUUUGUGCGGAGAUUGUGGAAUCCGCUGAUUCAUACAUCUUUGCAGGACCCAUUUUCAACGAUUAUAGUUCUGUUGGGUAUUCUCUGUUGCUCAAGAAGGAUAAGGCCAUAUUGGUACAGCCCGAGCGGGUUGUGAUUGGUAAUGGGCCAGCAUUUGGCUGCAUUUUGAUGAAAGAUUUCCUCAAGGCACUCUCCAAGAGGCUCAAGUGCAAUACCACUGCUUAUGAGAACUACCAUAGGAUCUAUGUUCCUGAAGGGCAGCCUCUCAGGUCUGAUCCCAAGGAGCCUUUGAGGGUUAAUGUUCUGUUCCAGCAUAUACAGAAAAUGCUGUCAAGUGAGACUGCUGUGAUUGCUGAGACUGGGGAUUCUUGGUUUAACUGCCAGAAGCUGAAAUUGCCCAAGGGAUGCGGAUAUGAGUUCCAAAUGCAAUAUGGAUCAAUUGGUUGGUCAGUAGGUGCCACUCUUGGGUAUGCACAGGCUGUGCCAAACAAGAGGGUGAUUUCUUGCAUUGGUGAUGGUAGCUUUCAGGUGACCGCACAAGAUGUCUCGACAAUGAUCCGCUGUGAGCAGAGGAGCAUCAUAUUCCUGAUAAACAAUGGUGGAUACACCAUUGAGGUUGAGAUCCAUGAUGGACCUUACAAUGUGAUUAAGAACUGGAACUACACUGGCCUAGUUGAUGCCAUCCACAAUGGUGAAGGCAAGUGCUGGACCACAAAGGUUGUCUGCGAGGAAGAUCUCAUUAACGCAAUUGAGACAGCAACAGGGUCCAAAAAGGACUGCUUUUGCUUCAUUGAGGUGAUCGCUCACAAAGAUGACACAAGCAAAGAGCUGCUGGAAUGGGGCUCCAGGGUCUCUGCUGCCAAUAGCCGCCCGCCAAACCCUCAGUAAAAUUUUUCCUUCUGCUGCAAACGGACUGCCUCUUGCUGAAAGGGUGGAUUUCUUAUGGGACUUUAGGGGUUUUUGUUAUGGAGGUCUAUUUUCGUGUUCAUGAACUGUUUUUCAGUAUUUUCCAGAGUCAUGCUUCUGUAUAUUUGCUAUGAAUUCCAUCACUCCCAAUGCUAUCACUACCUUUCCUUAAAUUUUCCCAAAUAAUGUUAUGGCAUUGGCAACAGUUGAUUGCUGUAGUUUUACUCUAUAUUAAAUCAAAGCAAAGCGAAUAUGAAUAUUUUUUUUCCA